AUGGACCCGCUCCUUCUCGCCCCCGCCGACCCCGCUCACUUCCCACUACUGCAGCCCACCGCCCGCGCGAUUUCCGCCGCUGCACCCUGUCGCCCGUCCCGCCGUGCUGCCGCCCAUCACCAGAACCGUGCCGCCCGUUGCCAGGUCCCGGCCCGCCCUCCUGUCGACUUUGCAACUACUGUGAAGGGAGUGACGGGAGUGGCGAGAGUGGUGGGAGUGGUGGGAGUGGCGGGAGAAGCUGCUGCUAUGCCACUGCACCAGCCAGACCGCUCGCUCCCCGCCGUCCCAAACCUACCGCCCCAUACGCGCCCUGCCUCCCGCUCGUCGCCCGUCGCCCGGGUGAGGUUCACGGGGUGUGGGUGGUGUGAGUUCAAAUGGCAGCAACUUCCGCCUCCUCCUCAUCUCAUCCCCCCUCCCCGUGUCAUCAAUACUGCCCGUCGCCCGCACGUGUCGGCCCGUUCCUCCCGUGUUGCCCGCUACCGUCGCCCAUACUGUGCAGCCUGUGUCGUUUCUCGUACGUUCACUGCCGUCUUGUGCCACCCGUACCUUUCUGUCCGCCCGUGCCUUCCAUGUCUCCCGUUACGUUCGAGCUCGUUCCGCCUGUGCCCGUGCUCCCUGCGUUCCUGCCCUGUUCUGCCCUUGCUAGCCCGUUCUGCCCGUGCUGAUUUGUUCUGCCCGUGCUGCCUCGUUCUGCUCGUGCUGCCCAGUUGUUCCCGUGCUGCCCCGUUCUCCCCGUGCUGCCCCGUUCUGCCUGUGUUGUCCCGUCCUGCCCGUGCUGCCCCGUUCUGCCCAUGCUGCCCAUUGAUUCUGCCCUUGUUGUCGCCCGUGAUUUUGCCCGUGAUUUUGCUCGUGCUUCUGCCCGUGAUUCUGCCUGUGAUCCUGCCCAUGUUGCUGCCCGUUCCCGAGCCAUACUGCCCGUGCCCAGCCAUGUCUCCCAUUGCUGUCCGUGUUCUACCCGCGCCCAGUGUCGCCCGUGCUGCCCGUUCCAGUUUGUGCCCACCCGUGCCUCACCCGUGCUUCUCGUGUUGCCCGUGCUUUCCCGUUCAGUCUGUGCCCCACCCGUGCUAUCCGUACCAGUCUAUGCCCAACCCGUGCUGUCCGUGUGUGUUCCCUGUACUUGCCCCGUGCCCAUGCCCAUGCUUUCCGUCCGUGUCCUCGGUUGUGCCCCGCCCUUAUCACCCGUGCUGUCUGUACCCGGUUGUUCCCCGCCCGUUUCACCCGUGCUGUCCGUACCCGGUUGUGCCCCACCCGUUUCACCCAUGCUGUCCGUACCUAGUUGAGUUCCAAGGGGGCAGGCCGCCGUGUGAAGAUCCGUGCAGAAACUACUAUAAGUGGGGCAGGGGCUGGAGGAAGGAAGGAGGGGAGGGGGUGCGGUUCUAG